CUCUUACACCGACGGACACCUGUCAUUGCAGUCAGCGUGGUGUCGUCAAUGUACUGGUACCGCUCAUCUUCACAAGUGCUGACCAAUUCAUCUAUGAAGAUUAAGAACAAUAAUGGCCCACCUUAUUGAGUCUUAUGGGUUGAUGGAGUGAUGGGUGUUAACUCAGAUUGGGUGAUUUUGAUGUUUUGCCCCUCAAGCUGAGUUGCGGAAUACUUGUUGGCGUCCAAAAACCUUGGGAAACGGGCAGUUAAAAACAAGUAUUUCAAGGUAUUUUUUAUAACAGACAUUGUUGGACUUUUUUUUUUUUUUGUAAAUUUGCGUCAAAAUGUCCACUCAAAACCAAAUUAUCCUCGAAGAAACAUUUGAUGAAAAUUAUCAACCAACUGAAGAAGAAAUCCUAGAAUAUGCUCGCACCAUUGAUAUUGAUCCAGAAAUAGAACCCCACCUCAUGUGGAUUGCACAGGAAGGAAUUCUUGCUCAUUUACCUGAUGAUUGGAGAGUUUGUGAAGAUUUAACAAGUGGCCACAUUUACUACUUCAACCUGAUGAAUGGAAACAGCACGUGGGACCACCCUUGUGAUGAUUAUUAUAAAAAAAUGGCUGAAGGAGAAAGGGAAAAAAAUAUCAUAAAUAACAAUGUUCCAGCUGGCAAGAAGGAAAAAGACCUCAUUAUCAUGAAUAAAGACAAGUUAGAACAUAAUGAUUCCCGACUUGAAGCACCAAAAGCAAAUUUCAGUCCUGGUUUACCUUCUGUACAUAAAACCAACAAACCUCUCAGUAAUUUGGCCCCAUUGAAAACGUCUGGAAAUGUAUUAGCUUCCCUUCAAGCUUCCACUGGUCAAAAUGUGAAAUCCAGUUUGAACCUAACUGGGACAUCAUCAAAAACCGGCUCUGUGGGUGUGUCAAACAGUAGACACUUCACUAGUAGCAUGAGUAUACCAGUGUAUUCCACAGAAUUUGAAGAUGAAGUGGAGCAGGGCAAAGAAGAAAAGAAGCAAAUCAAUAUUCAGGGAGACAGUGACAGUGAAAGUGAAAGUGAAGAUUAUGGCAAAGAUGUGGAUUUCGGCAUUGACAAAGGUCUGUCUGAAAAAAUUAUGGAUAUUGAGAAUUUUGACUUUGCAUUUCGAGAUUUCUUAGAAAAGGACUUUGAUGGCACUUUGUCUUUGAAAUCUACUGGAGAGAAAGUCAGCCCAUCUUUUCUUGAUGUUGCUGGAGGUGAAAACAAAAGAAUCCAAGAGAUCUUAACGCCGUCACCAACACCAACACCAACACCAACAUCACCAUCACUAGGUGCUGUAGUUGCAGCAAAAACCCCAGUUGUGGUAGUAUCAACAGCAACAGCUAACAGGUUAUCUUCUGAAGAAGCUUCAAAAAUGAGUCUUCCAGAAGAAAUGAAGAAAACAACAGAGGAAUGUUCAGAAACCGAUUUAGAAUCAAAGAAGCAAGAAAUAGCAGAGAAACAUGAGAAAUCACUGAAAGAACUCAGAGAAAAAUAUGAAAAAGAACUUGAGAAAGCCAAAGAAGAAAUAAGAGAGAAUAAAGAGACCAAAGUUAAGGAACUCAAAGCAAUCUUUCUGAAAGAAGAACUUAAAGAAAUUGAGAAAAUUGAACAAGAUAAAGAAGACAGGAUCAAAUCAGCACAAGAGGAACUUGAAGACCAACUGUCCAAGUUAAAAUCUGAAAACCAAAAUGUUUAUGAAAAAGAGAAAGAAAAAAUUAUGCAGACCUUAAAUCAAAAGGAGUUAAUGCAGUCACUAAAUUCUCAAGAAAGUUUGCAUGAAGAAAGUAGCAUAAUGGAAACAGAGAAAAUAAAAAUGUCUAAAAUACAACAAAAUGCUGUUGAACAUCUUAACCGUGAGCUUGAAGAUAUUCUUCAACAACGUCGCCAAAGUCUGAAAGAGAAACAUCAAGCAGAAACCAAAGAAAUUGAGGCAAAACAUGAAAAACUUCUUGAAAAGCUCAAAGAGGACUUUAAAGAGAAGGAGAAACAGGAGAGAAAAAACUUUGCUGAGAAACUUAGUGCCAAACAAAAAGAGAUGAGAGAAGAAAUGCAGCAGAAAAUGGCAAGUCUGAAGAAGGAACUAACAGCAGAAAGAGAGAAAAUAGAAAAACAGAAUGCAUUAGAAAAUGCGUCUUUAAGAGAAAAGCUUGUUAAUCUUCAAAAGCAAAGAGAGGAACUGGAGCAGUCUACAGAGGAAUUAGCCAGAAAGGAAAAAGAUUUUGAAGAAAGAAGGGCUAAAUUCUUAAAAAAUCACAAAGUAUUUUUUGAAGAGUUUAAGAAAGCUGAUGUUAACCAUUCUCUACCCUCUGAAAAUGGCAGUAAUUCAAAAAUAGCAAAUCAAGACAAAGAGAAACUUUCUCCUUCUCCUUCUUCUCUUCGGUUGGGAUCAGCAGAUCUUGUGAAUGGCAACGAUAGUUUCUUUAAUGGUCUGGGAAAUAUUGAAGACGUUCACAUUGAUGAUUGUGCAGAAGGAACCUUUGGCUCUCAACCAAUGCCAAGAGCUCUGUCAAGUUUUAAGGAAAAUCAAAACAGUUCGUCACUUGGUUCAAAACCAAAUACUCCUGUUGAAAAUGCACAAAAAUCACCUAGGACCAAAAUUACAAAUACACAUCUACCGAAGUCAGAUAUAUCACCAGCGGAUGAAAAGGUUGCUCUGUCUUCUGUGAUAUUUGAGGAGUUACGAGUCAAUUUAGAGAACAUCAAUGACAAAUUUAAGCUACUUCAGAACUAUAUACACCCUGAACAACAGAUCAGAUCUACCUGGCCAAAACAGGUGACAAGAAUAGGUGACAGCAAAGAAACUCCAUAUUUGAAGUAUGCCAAUGGUUCAAGGCCUGUGACUUUUGACCCUGCUUUGGACUUGGAACUGAACACAGAUAUUGAUAAUGUUGAUGAUGAUUAUGAUAAUGGUCUUGAUGAUACCUUGGAAUCAAGCAGUGAAGAUGACAGCUACAACAACUUGAUUAAGUUGCUGAAAAGUAACCAGAAUGUUCCAGCGGAAUCUGGGAUAAUUCCAGAAACAUCUCAGAAUAAUUAUGUGAAUGCCAAAUCUACUAAAGCUGGAGACUCUUUGGACAACCAGUACCUUUGUCAUUUAAUUGGAGACUUAUGUUCUGUGAUUGACGAAACACCAGUAACUCCACAGGUGACAGAAAUCAAACAGUCUGAUUGGACCAAUCCAAUUUCUCAUGCCAAUGCUAUUUUACAGUCCAGAAGGUCAGCAGUAAAACAGAACAAAUUGAGAUUAUCUCCUAAAAUAUCUCGUACCAAACAGUUGUCAUGGCAACAUUAUUCAAGCAACAUACCAAAAUCAUAUUUCGAAGUUCCUAAAGCUACCAGUUCAAAUUACUCUGCACAAUAUAUACCAGCCAAAGAUCUUUUACUUGAGCUGCGCAGACCAACUAGUUAUGGUGGUACAGUUUCUGUGAGCGACUGGUUGACUGAACAACGAAGCCAAAUACAGCCUGUUAAACCAGACCAAGCAUCAUUUACAAACAUUACAAAGUUUUAUACUGUUGAUAUACCUGAUCAAAACAGCUACCUCAAUAUCAGCAGCAGCAACCAGCUUGGCAACAACAGCAUCUUCAACAACAACAUUGGUGACAAUAAUUUUGGUGGCAACAAUAUUGUCAGCAACAACAUGAACAGUAUAUUUGAGCCAUUAGCAUUAGCAACACCAAAGCCGAUAGCAUUAGCAACACCAAAGCCACUAGGAUUAUCAACACCAAAACUCACAUCUGAAGCACCAAAGCUCAAACUAGACGCCAACAAUCAGAUCAGUAUUGAAAAACCUUUAGCAUUCACAUUGCCUUGCUGAGACAGAUGAACAAUUAUUAAUUCUCUUCAAAGAGUUGAACUUUACCAUUGAACUCCGUCCAUCCUUUUCUAUAUCCCUUGUCCUUUUAUCUACUCUGAUUAUUUUCAAAAGGAAAGAGAACAUUUCGAAAAAAAGAGUUCACAAUUUUAGGACCAAAAUUCUAAACCACUCUCUGUUCACCUUAAAAUGAAUUCUCUUAAUUUUUAUACAAAAUAUUUUUAAGCAAUCUAAAAGCAU